CGAGCUCCAUGUCCGCGCUGCGGGCGCUGCUGGGUUUCGGGUUGCUGGCCGCGGGCUCGCAGCUGCGGCGCGUCCCGGGCCAGACCGGCUCCUGCCGCGCGGGGCCCGCGUGGUGGGGGACGCGGCGGCCGCACUCGGGCGGCCCCGGGGAGCCGGCGGGCAUGGCGAGCCCGGCAGUGAAGUACCUGAGCCAGGAGGAGGCCCAGGCCGUGGACGAGGAGCUGUUUAACGAGUACCAGUUCAGCGUGGAUCAGCUCAUGGAGCUGGCUGGGCUGAGCUGCGCCACAGCCAUUGCUAAGGCCUACCCCCCCACGUCCAUGUCCCGGAACCCCCCCGCGGUCCUGGUCAUCUGCGGGCCCGGGAAUAACGGAGGAGACGGCCUGGUGUGUGCGCGGCACCUCAAACUCUUCGGCUACCAGCCAACCAUUUAUUAUCCCAAAAGGCCGAACAAGCCACUCUUCACCGCCCUGGUGACCCAGUGUCAGAAAAUGGACAUCCCUUUCCUUGGUGAAAUGCCCCCAGAGCCCAUGCUGAUCGACGAAUUGUACGAGCUGGUCGUGGAUGCCAUCUUUGGCUUCAGCUUCAAAGGCGAUGUUCGGGAGCCGUUCCGUGGCAUCCUGGAUGUCCUGAAUGGGCUCACGGUGCCCAUUGCAAGCAUCGACAUUCCCUCAGGAUGGGAUGUGGAGAAGGGGAACUCCGGAGGGAUCCAGCCAGACUUGCUCAUCUCUCUGACAGCACCCAAAAAGUCUGCCACCCAGUUCACCGGUCGCUACCACUACCUAGGAGGUCGUUUUGUGCCACCUGCUCUGGAACAGAAGUACCAGCUGAAUCUGCCGCCCUACCCCGACACUGAGUGUGUCUACCGUCUGCAGUGAGGGAAGAGGGGUGUGCUUUCCUCCCAAUAAAGACUUAGUGCCCCUCUCCCGA